UAAUCUUUACCUUCCACCUCUUACUCUUAAUCCCGCUGGUGGUUCUUCUGUUCUGUUCUGUUCUGUUCAUCUUUUGGAUUUGGAUGGCUUCUCAAAUUAAUAUAAAUUCAAUUUUUGUUCCCAUCUGUUGAUUGUGGCUGCACGAACCUCCCCUUUUGGCUUCUUUAAAGGUAAAGUUCUCCUCUCCUUUUCCCUAACGCGUUAUUCCCUUCUGGAGGAGCUCGCUGGAAUUCCUAUAGCGUAUGUUUCAGGCAAAUUUUGUACUCUUAAUGGAUUCCAUUACAGAAUCUGAAUUCUCUAGUGUAGUUUUUGUUUCUUUCCUGGGUUUUUGAGGCUGUUGUUUAUUUGUUUUCUUCUGGUUUCUUGUGCUUUUAGAAGCCAGGGUUUUAGUUACACUGAUGAUUUUGGGGAUUUUUGUUUAUGGGGUUUUAGAUUCUGUGGUUCUGUUUUCUAUUUGGGUGCUCAUAGGUAGAGAAAAAAAACUCUGAGGAGUUUUGAGGUGAAUUUGAGCUCUGAGAUUGGGGUUUUGGAAAUUAAUGGUGGGGAUGUGAGAUUUCCCAGUUGGGUGAAUAAUGGUUGCUUCUUUCAGUGGAUUGGGAAUUGGGUUGAGCUUGGUUUUUGGGUGCCUUCUGUUUGCUCUUGUUGCAGAGCUUUACUAUUUGCUAUGGUGGAAGAAGAGCAGCUUCAGUUCAGAGGUUGAAGAUGAUGAAUUCACCAAUUAUGCCAAAGAAUUCUUCCAUCUCAUCUGUUGGGAAAGGGCUCCUGCUUCUUCCUCCUCUCUGCAACCCAACAAUUCCAGACCAAAUGAAACAAACCCACAACUCAGAAAUCAAGAACCAGACAUGGAAAUUGGUUCUAGCAAGGAUUUGUUACUGAAAUCAUCUGGAGGAGAAGAUGGAGUGGAGGUAGAGCUGAUGAGGCUGCACAAUCUUGCAGGCCCACCAAGGUUUCUCUUCACCAUUAAAGAGGAAACCAAAGAAGAUUUAGAGUCAGAAGACAGAAGCAGAAAGGGAUCAAGAACAAGAAGUUUGAGUGAUCUUAUAUUAACUGCUGACACCCCAUUUCUCACUCCUUUGCCUUCUCCUCCAUUAAAGGCACCAUCUCCUUUAAACCCCUUUGGCUCUUACAAACACCAUGGAUUCAAUAUAAACCCCCUCUUUGAAUCAUCAACAGAGUUGGAAUUGAACAGGCUCUUAUCUUCACCUCCCCCAAAAUUUAGAUUCCUAAGGGAGGCAGAAGAGAAACUGUACAGAAGAUUGAUGGAAGAAACUCAGAAGAAGGCCUCUAGAUCAAAUAAUGAUGGGUCAGCUCAGAAUUCUGAAACUAAAGCCAUUUCCAAACCCAAAACAGCAGCUGAAGAAGAAGAAGAAGGAUUUUGUUUUACAGAAGAGAAAGAGCCUCAAAAUCAUCACAUGUCACAGUUUUCUUCAAGUUCUUCACAGGUUCUUCCUCUUGCUUCUUCUCCUCCUUCAGGGCAGAGAUUUAAUAAUGUUUCAAUAGGUCGGUCUUUGUGAUUGAUUCAUUUCAUCUCUCAGCUUUCUGAGUUGAUUUUGCAUUGUGUAUGAAAAUGCAAACAACUUUCUCACUUUGGUUUGAUUCAAUGAAAUUAAUUAAUUAACCUUUUUACUCUUGGAUUGAAAUGUUGAAAUUUGAGAAUCUGUUUCUCAAAACUGGACACAAUCCAAUUAUUACCUUGUCUUCAUGAACAGCCAAUAUAAUAUAUUCACCAAGAGAUGUGAUGAUCUGUUAUAUGCCAUUGGAAUUGUCAGGCUUUGAAUGAAA